AUGUUUCUCGGGGUACCAAACAUCGCUUCUCAGACCAUAGAUUCUUCCAUAGUUUGUCAACAAGCUCGAGUAAUUUCAGAUGAUGUAUGUAAGGAACCGAAUGGGACAUUUCCCGUUCCGGAUGACUGCCACAAAUUUAUACAGUGCUCGAAUGGUCAUGCUAACAUGAUGCCCUGCGCACCUGGCACAUUUUACGACGAAAAGACGAAACUCUGCGACCACAUGACCAAUGCACCGCCAACGUGCAAAUGA